AUGGCCACUGCCCCUGGUCACCGCCAGGCCCUGCCUUCUCCCCCACCAGCUUACCUCCGAUCAUCACCGCCAUUCCCCCCAUCACAAUCACCACGGACCAUCCCGAACCGACCCCAGAGCUUGAACCUCAGCCGCAAACCAGUCCCUCCAGCACAGUCCGAAAACUCUCCCAUCCUUCAAAACUCGCCGCGCUCCCCAGUCAAAAUCGCACAUGGCGCAGACAUCCCCGAUGCCUCGAGCGCGCCCAUCGAAGACGCAUCCAGUGGGCCGACCACACCACAAUUGGACCUCCCGGAGCUCGCAGACAUGUCGCUCGGCAGCCCCGUGCAGCCGCCUGAGCAAAGCUGGAAUCCUGCCCACCCCCUGCGGCGAGACUCGGCACAGGCUCCGCACUACACGCACAGGCAUCCAUAUGGGCACACCCCAGCGAGCAGCGGCUCAUGGUCGGUAGUAGAGCCACAGAAAGAUGACGGACACGGAAACCCGAAAAAGAGCGGCUCCUCGCUAGAGCGCGAGGGUCAGAGCUAUAACAGCUCUUCACGGGGAAGCUUGGAUAGCGUGGCGCAGGUGUCGGACAACUAUGAACCUCUGACCUACCACCACCAGCAACAGCCUGGCGCGGCACCCGCAAGGAAACCCGCACCCAAUGCUGGAGAUAACCCAUCUGGCUCGACGGAUAAGUUGGCGGUUAGGCGAUCAAGGCUUUCGCGGCCUCUCUCCACAUAUUCCUCAGCCUCAGAUGGUGGUCACCGACGCAACCUCUCCGCAUCGCCGUAUCUACAUGCGCGGUCCUCAUCACGAAACUCGAUUGGAACCCCCGAAAACAGGUCCUCAUCAUUCCUCGAUUUGCUCAACACAUCAUACCCGCAGCCCGGCCCAACAGCAGCGCAAUUCGACAACUCGCGUCUCCAAGCCGUAGUCGGAAACAACGCCUCCCUCCUUAGCCACAAAGAGACAUUCGAGAUGUACCUAGCGAACGUAAAGAAAACAGACGAGCCAACAGUACUGUACGAAUUCGCCGUGUUCAUGGUAAACUCGAUGCGCGAGAUGCCAGCCGUGGACCUCGAAGACUCCAGCCCGAUCACGCGCGCCCGCCUCCUCCGGGAAUCAAAAUCCAUCCUCCAGCGCCUAGCAGACCGCAGCUACCCCUUUGCGCAGUACUAUCUCGGCGAUGGAUACGCAUCAGGCCUCUUCAACAAAGGCGUCGAGGACCACGACCGUUCCUUCCCGCUCUUCGUCGCAGCCAGCAAACACGGCCACGUCGAAGCCUGCUACCGCACAGCGCUGUGCUACGAGUUCGGCUGGGGGUGUCGUGUCGACGGCAGCCGCGCAGUCCAGUUCUACCGCCAAGCAGCGUCGAAAAACCACCCGGGCGCCAUGAUGCGCAUGGCCAAUGCCUGCAUUGCUGGUGAUAUGGGAUUGGGCAAGCGGUACCGCGAGGGCGUCAAGUGGAUGAAGCGCGCGACUGAGUCCGCAGACACGCAGUAUAACUCCGGCCCGUACGAGCUCGGCGUGAUGCACGAGAGAGGCUUCGGAGAUGAUGUCUUCCCCGAUGCUACUUAUGCAGCGCAGCUAUUCACUAAAUCCGCGGAGCUGGGCCAUGUCGAGGCUUGCUAUCGACUUGGGGAUGCGUAUGAGCAUGGGAAAUUGAAUUGUCCUCGCGACCCGGCGCUCAGUAUCCAUUUCUAUACCAGUGCCGCGCAAAAUGGGCAUCCGGUGGCGAUGAUGGCGCUUUGUGCGUGGUAUCUUGUCGGUGCGGAGCCUGUCCUCGAGAAGGAUGAGCAUGAGGCGUAUGAGUGGGCCUUCCGGGCAGCGAAUCUUGGCCUCGCAAAGGCCCAGUAUGCAGUCGGCUACUUCACUGAAAUGGGCAUUGGCUGCCGUCGUGAUCCGCUCGAGUCGAAUGUGUGGUAUGUCAAGGCAGCGGACCAGGGCGAUGAGCGAGCCAAGCACCGAAUCGCUACCAUCCGAGCUGCGGCAGAGGGUACACAUCCAUCCGUGGGUGCGCGUAAAGAAGCGACGCGUAGUGGAGGCCGGCUCAAGAAAGCCGAGCGCAAGGAUCGGAGUCCAGGUCAUGGCCAGGAAACCGAAAUCGAGAAGCCAGCUAAACAGAAACGAUUCGUCAUUUUCUAA